UACAUUUUAUAAUAAUUUAUCUCCAUAGUUCCUUGUAUAAUAAUUUAUCUUACCCUUUUUUCUGUUUCCUCAACUUCAAAUGAAACCCUACAACCGGAAACUCUUCCUCUACUAUGACUCUCCUUACUCCUCCUCCACCACCUCAUUUCCACCCCUCCACUUCCCCAACACCACUAACGCCACCUCAUCUCCGCCGUCCUCAUCUAAAAAGUCACCUCCCUACAACCCUCCUUUUGAUUCCGCCAUGGCUCUUACUUGCGUCGUUCUCCUCACUGUGCUCUUCUUCAUGGGCUUUUUCUCUAUCUUCAUUCGUCGUUUCUCGGAAGACCCAUCGGCCCAUCUAUCUCGUAGAAGACGUUACCGUGGUGGCCCCCAUGACCCAUUUCCAUUCCCCUCUGAUUUUCAUCUUGUCUCGGCUUCACGCAAAGGACUUGACCCGACGACCAUUCGGUCAUUGCCCGUAUAUUCUUACCGUGGGAAUGCCAAGUAUCAGAUAGAUUGCCCCGUUUGUCUGAGCGAGUUUGAAGAGAAUCAAUGUCUUAAAACGAUACCGCAUUGCGAACAUGUUUUCCACGUCGAAUGCAUUGACACGUGGCUAGCUUCCCAUGUCUCCUGUCCCGUUUGUAGAGGGACCCGGUUGUUGGAGAUCACGAACGUCGGCGGCGACGGCGGUAGCAGUGAAUUGGGUGAUCUGCAGGAGACAGUUGAUCAGUCACCUGCGGUUGAGAUCAGUGAAACGUGUAUGGUGAUGGAACCAGAAUCAAAGAUUAGGAGAGCAAGUAGCUGUUCAAGUUUGGAGCAACGCGCCACGUUGCCGCGAACAUUGAGUUUUUGAUACCUACAGCUACAAGUACCAAUGUGACUGACACGCAGUAGAUGUUAAUAAACAUAAUUUUUUUUUAAAUUAUUCCCUUGCCCAAGUUUCAAGGAAAAUCAUGGGACAAAAAUAAAUCAACGAAAAUCGAGAGGCUUCGAGAUUGUUAUAUUUAUUGUUGUUGUUAAUAAUUUGUUAUUAAGUGGAGAGGGCGAUUUUGCGUCAAGUUUAGAGAA